ACGAGAUUUGUGUUUUGCCCCAUUUCAUUUUGAGUAUUUGCAAGGUUUUACUUUUUCAAAAAAUAUACAAUAGAAUCAGGAAUUUACUAUGUGUAAAUAUAACAACAAACACGAUUAAAACAUCACUGUGACGGAGUUUAAAUUUGGUUGUGUACGCAAAAAGUCGUUAAAAACAAACACGAGAUUGUGUUGAAUCGGAAAAGGGACUUAUACGUGGUUGGAAUCUGUUUUACAUGCACUUGGAUUGUUACAGCGUGGCGAGUCCUGAGUUCGAGCCAUCACGGCUCGCCUGCUACGGCCUGGCAUCGUCCGCCGCUAUGGAGCAGUCUACCUUCGGAGAGGUUAACCAGCUGGGCGGAGUGUUUGUGAACGGGCGGCCGUUGCCGAACGCCAUCCGGCUUCGCAUAAUUGAGCUGGCGCAGAUGGGCGUCAGGCCCUGCGACAUCUCCCGCCAGCUUCGCGUGUCACACGGCUGUGUCAGCAAGAUACUUGCCCGUUACAACGAGACGGGCUCCAUACUUCCGGGAGCCAUCGGCGGCUCCAAACCGCGUGUCACCACACCAAACGUUGUGAAGCACAUCAAAAUGUACAAAGAUCGGGACCCGGGAAUCUUUGCUUGGGAGAUCCGGGACAAGCUGUUGGCGGACGGAGUUUGUGACAAGUACAACGUGCCGUCCGUCAGCUCAAUCAGCAGGAUCCUCAGGAACAAGAUCGGCAGCGGUUCCUCCCCGACCAGCCAAAGUCCAACAAUGGACAAGAACAUAGUUGGGCCGCCGCCGCCGCCUGGUCCCCUAUACAACCCGCAGUUCCAGAUGUACCCCUACUCCUGCCCGCCACCCGCCGUGCCCCCUUGUCAGCCGACGGUCGCCGUGCCGCAGAUGCAGGGAAAUUUCCAGCCACUCAACCAUCCGCAGAUGAACAUGAGCAGCAAGCCCCAGAUGUCCAGUUGUGGGGUGACGCCCUGCAUGAUGCGCGCCUGGGCAUCCUCACAUUCCGUCAAUGACAUUCUGGGCUUCCGGGCCCCCUCUCAGCCCAUGUCCCAGCCCGCGCCCAUGCCCGUUCCGUGCGAGUCCAUGAAUAAUCCACAUCAACUCGGACAAAACUAUAACACCAUGAAUUACUAUGGAAUGAAACAGUCCGUUCAACCGAUGUAUUUACAGAGCUGAGGCUAGGCCAAGAUUUAAUCAUUAUUAUUAUGGUGCUUCUUUCACUUUUACACUUCACAAAUGGUGCCUUUAGUAUUUAUUUUGUGUAAGUCGUUUUAGUGAAAUAGAUUGUAAUGGAAUUCCCGUGACGUCAGCGGAUAAUGUAGUGACAAACCAUGGUGUGGAAGUCACGUGCAUCGCUUACCGGAUAUGAUGUCAGAUUCAGGAAAAGGUAAUCUUCGUAACCCAUUUGGACACUAUGACAAUAGUAUUUAUUUUUGUCGAGAGUUUGAGAUCAUGGGCGGUUUAGGAAACCUCAAAUAAGGACGUUUGUUGCAGCCCGUGCUUAAGGGAAUGAACAUUUGUUUGUCAAAAAAACAUACGUGCUAUGUCAGUUGAGACUACUUUAGUAUAAUGUUCCGUAUACAGAAAUCUAUCAAGUAUUUCAGUUAAAAAUAGGAGUAAAAACAAUACCGUUAAAACAGGUACAAAAGAAAGUUUGUAUAAUUGAUCAGCAUCGUUGGCGCUACCAAUGCUAGGGUUCAAUUUCGUGUCCGAUAUUUCCUCUCAUUAAAUGAAAUUUUAAAUAGUCGAAAAAAAAAAAUGAAAAACUUAAGAGUCUGAAUUCGUUGAAACCAUUGCUUUUAAAUGUAGUAAUCUAUUUCUGACUUUUUGAUACGUGAGUUAUGGUUUCAAUUAAUAACAUAAGUAAACAUAGUAAAAUAGAUAUAUUUAACAACAAUAUCCAACAUUAUGCAUCCAUCAUUUAUUUAUUUCAUGUACCUUUUGUAAUUUGUAUUUACUUUUAAAGCUGCACUCUUACAGAUUUACCGUUUUGACAACUUUUAUUUUAUUAUUUUUGUCUUUGAAUGAAUGAGCCAAUUUUUUCGUAAAUAUCUGAAAAUCUGUGAUAUAGGACGAAUGACAAAAAAUCAGAUUGCAGUUUUUCAUAUUUACGUUCGAAAAUUAAUGACUUAUGGCUAAAUGCAUUACUAAGCGCUUGAAGAAAAAUGCAUAAGACAUCAAUUUGUAAUCAUAAGUAUGAAAACCUGCGACCUGAUUUUUGUCAGCAGUCUUAUAUCACGGGUCCCCAUGCCUUUUCGCCAAAAAAAGCUAUUUCGAGAAGAAAAAAUAAAAGAAAGUUGUCAAAACGUUCAAUCUGUGAGAGUGCAGCUUCAUACGGAUAUUUCAUGUUCUGUGUUUAAAACACAAAUUUGUCUCAAUGCUAUUGUCUGGUUUGCAGACACCUGAAUCUAGAUUUUUUUCAAAUGUAAUAGCACUUCGAACAAUAAGUUAAAAAUACUCAUUCUUUCUAUAUGGUUUGUGAUAAAUGGUGACAUUUGUUCACCCGACAGCCGAUUGUAAUUUAGAAUAUCUUCAGUUUAUUUUUUUAAAGUGGCAAGCUUUGAAUGUUUUGUCCUCUUCACCCGAUGGUAAUGGGUUUUACCUGUUUAGUAAAGUGUUAAGGUGUUAUCAUGACAUUUUAAUAACAAAUACUUUAUAACUUUAAUCGUCGUUAUUUCAUAAUUUACCUGUAUGAAUAUUGUACA